AAUUGUUAUUCGUUCACUGUUCCUCCCCUGGUUUCUUCCGUAAUACUGCAGAGUCAGUCCCUUCCGAACCCGUCACCAUCCACAAAAAUGACUACAGCCAGUUGGCGGCUGCUGAAGGGCAAGACAGCCUGCAUCACCGGCGGCACAACAGGCAUCGGCCGUGCCAUAACGCUCGAGUACCUCAGACAGGGCGCCAACGUCGCGGUCAACCACCUGGGCCUCCCACGCGACGAAAAGCACAGGCUCAGCCUCAUUGACGAAGCCGAAGAGAUUCGCCAAACAGCGCCCAAGGACUUGCCGACGGGCGAGCUGAUGGAACUCGCCGGCGACGUGACGGAUCCGGACACCGGAAAAGCGCUCGUGGGCGAAGCGGUCAAGAGAUGGGGUGGGCUCGACAUCUUUGUUGCCAAUGCCGGCAUAUUUAAGCCGGCCGAGUUUCUCACGCUCGAAAAGGAACUCUUUGACAAGACUAUCCACGUCAACAUCAACGGCGCCUUCUACUCGUGCCAAGCGGCAGCCAACCAAAUGGUCAAGCAAGGCCGUGGGGGCUCCAUCAUCGGCAUCUCCUCCAUCAGCGCACUACAGGGGGGAGGGCUGCAGACGCACUACACGCCCACAAAAGCGGCGGUCCUGUCGAUGAUCCAGUCGAUGGCGGUCGCCCUGGCCAAGCACCGCAUCAGGUGCAAUGCCCUGCUGCCGGGCACCAUUCACACGCAGCUGGCCGAGGAGGAUAUGCAGAACGAGCAGAAGCGCAAAUACCUGCAGCAGCGCAUCCCGAUGGGCGUGGGGAAGCCGCACGAUCUGGCUGGGCCGGCCGUCUUCUUGGGUUGUGAGCAGCUCAGCGGGUUCAUGACAGGGUCGCAGGUGCUGGUCGACGGGGGCAUGUAUGUGCAUUUACAAUAGCAUGCCACAGCGAGUUGUAUACGUAAUUUGAGCAUGGAAAACCAAUCACGAUAUAAUAUGUGUGAAAAAUACAAUUCUAC